AUGGAAGACGAAGUAGCCGCCCUCGUUAUUGAUAAUGGUUCUGGUAUGUGCAAAGCUGGUUUCGCAGGAGACGAUGCACCCCGUGCUGUUUUUCCAUCCAUUGUAGGACGCCCUCGUCAUCAAGGUGUCAUGGUGGGGAUGGGUCAAAAAGAUUCAUACGUUGGGGACGAAGCACAAUCCAAGAGAGGUAUUUUAACACUCAAAUAUCCAAUUGAGCACGGUAUCGUGACAAAUUGGGAUGACAUGGAAAAAAUUUGGCAUCAUACAUUCUACAACGAACUUCGUGUUGCACCCGAGGAACAUCCCGUGCUUUUGACUGAAGCACCACUUAAUCCCAAAUCUAAUCGUGAAAAGAUGACUCAAAUUAUGUUUGAAACUUUCAACGCACCUGCUUUCUAUGUUGCCAUUCAAGCCGUUUUGUCAUUAUAUGCUUCUGGUCGUACGACUGGUAUUGUUCUUGAUUCUGGAGAUGGUGUUACUCACACUGUACCCAUUUAUGAGGGUUACGCCCUUCCACACGCUAUCCUCCGUCUUGAUUUGGCCGGUCGUGACUUGACGAACUACCUCAUGAUUAUUCUUAUGGAACGAGGUUAUUCAUUCUCAACUACGGCUGAACGUGAAAUUGUUCGAGAUAUUAAAGAAAAACUAUGUUAUGUUGCCUUGGAUUUUGAACAAGAAAUGCAAACGGCAGCUCAAUCAUCGACUGUGGAGAAAUCAUAUGAAUUGCCAGAUGGACAAGUCAUUACUAUUGGAAAUGAACGUUUCCGUGCACCAGAAGCUCUCCUCCAACCUUCAUUCUUGGGUCUUGAGGCUCCUGGUAUUCAUGAGACUACUUAUAACUCCAUCAUGAAGUGUGACGUCGAUAUUCGUAAAGAUCUUUACGGAAAUAUUGUGCUUUCUGGAGGUACCACUAUGUAUUCUGGUAUCGCUGAAAGAAUGCAAAAAGAAAUCACAGCGCUAGCACCAUCUAGCAUGAAAAUUAAGAUUGUUGCACCUCCAGAACGUAAAUACUCUGUUUGGAUCGGAGGAUCAAUUUUAGCAUCAGUACAAUAUGAUGAAUCUGGUCCCUCCAUUGUCCAUCGCAAAUGUUUCUAG